AUGGCAUUGUUUCCACGACACUUCAACCAAUUAAUACCUGGAGAUAAAGCGUUCUUUGCCAGAGAAUGGUUAAAAGCCCCUCUUCUGUCCUGCUUGAAUCUCGCUCCAACUCCCCCGCGAAGUUUAGCCUUAAGAAUAUUGCCGGCGCGAAAUGCGGAAGCGAAUCCCUUCUGUGCCUUGAAGAAUGGCAUGAGCCACUCCUCGAAGUCCCGCGUGACCAAGGCUAUUCUUCGCAAAAAGCUUAAAACGCUGGCCAUCUUAUCGAUCUCAUCAAUUCCUCAUCGUCUCGCGGGAGUCCAGGACAUUGCCUCCUUCACGAGGCGCUUCUAA